CGUCGCGUGCGCGAGCUCGAACGCACUCGAAGCAUUGCUUGCAGCGAAGCUUUCCGCGAGACAACACACACCACUUCGCACCGAGGAAAAAGUCUCAAACAUUCCUGCACAUUCCUAGCACGUGCGACGAGAGCCGCUGAAUUGAACGACCCUAGGAGAUUUGCGGAGGAGUGGUGCGAGUCCUCCUUCAUUUUUCUAAGGCAGCUGUGUAAUCCAGUUGAAGCAGGGGACAAAGGUAGUGCGCACAGGUGCCGAAGACAUGGAGCCCGCGAUGUGGACCCGGCUCGUAAUCUGGACUGCACUCUGCGCCUUCUCCUUCCUCAGGACAGUGCUGUGCCAACAGCAGGAAUGCGACCCGGUGCCUGUGCUGCGCUGCUACGGCGGCCUGCUGAGCACCAUCGAGACAGACAUGGACAAGAUGGCAGCUAAGUAUGGGACCGAGCUGGACGCAGCCCUCAGGGCGUUCGCCGGAAAAUACCCGGUCUCGUCUUCGCCGUGCAAGAUACGGCCUGGCGAGCAGGGACGAUGCACGCCUGCCGAGCGCGAGCAGCUGGAACGCAUCGAGGGCGUCUACGAGGUCUUCCAGAGGACCGUCAGCGAUAGCGACGCCCUCAGAGACAUGGUGGCGGCGUACAAGUGCUGGGACCGGCGCAAGUACCGCGACUGCUUCGCUAGCCUGCUCCAGGACACGCUCAUCCGCGAGUACCGCGACUCGUCCUACCAGGAGACCAGGCCGGAGAAGACCAGGAUCUGCAGGCAGUGGUCUCGCCUGGCCGACUCGUGCUUCGACGACACGACCGGGGCCUUGUGUCCCGAGAGCGCGAAUGCAGGACGGCAGCACUUUCGCGAGGUGAUGUCAGCCUACGUGGGCAGCUUCGGAUGCCCGAACAGCGCCGCCACGGCAGGCAGGUCGAUCCUGCUCACAAGCUACCGCAGUCGGCUUCGUCGUGUGGAUGAUGUACCCGCCGCGGCUUCUAAUCGCGUAUGCUGCCAUGUCAUGCAGCAUCCGACCAACAUUACCCAAUCAUCGUCACCGGUAGCAAUGUCUGUUGAAGUACUGCACAGGAACGGAGGUCUCUCCGACAUGGGCGUCGGCAGGAAUUUGUCUUGGGGGGUGCAAACGUGUAUUGCAUCGCGGGCUGAAGAAGGAGGGAACACUGGUGUGGUUUGGAUGGGGGCAAGUGAUGGUGUGGUAUGGAAAAGGGGGGGUGGGGGGGGGGCAACUGUUCUUUCCGCGCCCCCCUGCCAACGCCCAUGCUCUCCGAGAGAUCUUCUAGUCUCUUCCAAUAUACCUCUCCCGCUGCAACGAUGGUUGAAUAUUCCUCCGCGUUCCGAAACAACAUAUUUGAGCAAGGCUGGUCUAGUGGAACAAAAUUACCUGGAGCUAAAAUACGUAAUAAGACUUCUAUAAGAGAGAAAAUGCCUUUUUCACAGCGGAGGUCUGCCUCAGCAGCGAAGUUGGAUCUAGAACUCCACAAGUGAUACUUCAAACUGAGCGUGGUAUAUUAUAAAAUCAACAUGGCCAGUCUCGAGAGUUUGUAAAGGAGCCCUGCAACACUUCGCCAAGUAAUCAUCAAAUGACCUCACUAUCGGAGAUUAUUGCGUCACGAAUAGAUUACCGCAAUCUUUUUUUUUUUUUUUGAGUCCAUCAGUACGAGCGGCUUAGAGAUCCGUCGUACGCUUUAAUCGAUUUUUCUGUUCUUGCUUCACAAAGAGCACGCUGGAAGCUACACAGGGGUCGAGUUACUGUGUAUGCUACCUAAAGGUAGCGUAUACGGUAACUCUACGCAGGGGAGUGGGGAAUGACAAAGGGCGCAAGAAAGUUACGUCGGGGCGCGUCGUGACCUUGAACAUGUUCAGCCAACGGCCUUAUCCUUCCCUGCUAUGAAGUAGUCGAGCCCGUCGAUGACGUAAUUUGCCGAGCGAAUGGCGAGUGCUUCAUAGCUGUCUUUGAAACGUAACAGUAAAUUCCCUGCCGCGUGCAGUGCUGCAAUAUAUUUGGCUCACGCGUUCACAGGAACCUCGACCCUCGACUACCGAUUGGCAGCGUUUUCUGACCAUGUUCAAAAAGUGUUUCAGGGCCCCUUUAAGGAUAAUGCACUGAACACAACGGCCACAACGGUCACAGAACAUAUUCAACAAUCUUGUUAAGCAGCGGGGAACUAGAUAAAGAACAGACAAAAACGGGAGAUAAACGGAGGCAAAAGUUGGGCAAAAAUCAGCGCGCGUCACUUCUCCCGCCAUUUCUUUAAUUUUCGCUGCUCAACGACAUGACACAAACUUGCCUCUUCACAUAUCCUGCAUGAACUGAGCAGCGGAAUAUUUUGUCACCAGAUAGAUGCAGACCCAUUGUAUAGAGUAACACCUGGUCAAAUGCGAGUCAGUACGAAUGACUGCAGAGUGUCCUCACGGUUACAUAAGAAACCCAUCAUAACCACACGUUGUUUGUGCCUCGUUGAAACCUCAGACUUUUUAUAUCCCGAGAUCAGAACUUAUCUGUAGCUCAUAUAGGUGCAAUCCUUCACUAGUGCCCUUGUACUCUUACCAGGCAGUGAAAGGGAUCGCGAGGCCCCGCACAUACCUUCUUUUCUCAAUGUAAUUAAGUAACGGGCCGCCGUCACCGCUUACUUCCAGGCGUGAACCUCUACGGCCACUGUAGAAAGCCAAGUUCUCGAAAUCACUGCUUGUGUAAGUCAGCAGCUAGCGCUCGUCAAGCAUUACGAUGUUUUAAGAGAUAACAUACGAAGUUGCCACUAUCUUGUUUGUCUGGUGCUGUCUUCCCUCAGGUCAUCAUCGCACACAGUCUUGGUACGAGUAUCAUAACUUUGUUUCCUUUUAAAACCUCUUUUUAGUGUACACCCACGAGCACUACGUCACCGCGAACGUUUGCGCGGCUGGUCAUUUGUUUGUUCUUCCAUACGUACUUGUUUAUAAAACCAAUAAAAAGCAUUUACUCCCAACUGCCUCAGAAGUCUCCUUUCCCUACAGUUGUACGUUAGCCUGACAACUGUUCCG